AUGGAAUUUGGAGGAGGUGGUGAAGGACGGUGGUUGGUGGAGGCGAUGAAUAACAUGAACGAGGAGAUCUUGUUCCUGACUGACCUUGUUGUUUCAGCAUCAUUAGUUCAGACUGUUCGAGUUUGGGACAUUGGUGCUCUGAAAAAGAAAACAGUUUCCCCUGCUGAUGAUAACCUCCGCCUCAGUCAAAUUAUUGCUGAUCCCAGGGAUUCUCUACAUGGAGUAGGAGAGACUUCAAUACUUUUAUUAGGGCUUGUGAGAAGUAUGGUAGGAGUGAUAUGGAUUUGCAUGGUUCAGAAGCUUGGGUAUGGAAACUGGGACGAAUUGAAGGCUGCAUUUAGAACAACACCUUUGUUCAAAUUUGAUUGGUUUGUUAAGUUACGAACCACUCAAGAGCUUGCAAGGAGAUGUGAUACUCUCAUUCGAUUGGUGGAUAGCGAAAAUCAAUGUCCCAAACUCGAACAGUCUGAUCGUGGAGUCAAUUGGGCAUCAUUCCAUCCCACUCUUCCUCUUAUUGUUUCUGGAGCUGAUGAUCACCAAAUCAAGAUCUGGCGCAUGAAUGAUACCAAAGCUUGGGAAGUAGACACAUUGAGAGGUCACAUGAAUAAUGUAUCGUGUGUUCUUUUCCAUGCAAGACAAGACAUCAUAGUAUCAAACUUAGAGGACAAAAGCAUACGCCUUCAAAUAUUCCGCUGGGAACACGACAUAUUCUGGAUACUCGGCUGUCAUCCCGAAAUGAAUCUCCUAGCAGCUGGCCAUGACAGUGGCAUGAUUGUUUUCAAGCUGGAAAGAGAACGCCCUGCCUUUUCUGUUAGGAUCCUUCUGCAGCACAUUCUGCUGGGGGAUUCUACAACACUACGACAAUAA